UACGGCUGAAGGUUUUUUUUUUUUUUUGCGUCGACGAAACCUCCAUCUUAUCGCGCACAGUUGUUUGGAAGAGAGGUUUUGCAAAAGUAGUUCGAAGUAUAAAGUAUAUCCACUUGAAACAGCAUUAAAGUAAACUUUAUUUAAAUUAGGGGUUACUCUUUUUUUGUUUGUUCUUUAGUUUCAGAGACAAACGUUUGAAGGACCAAACAUUCUAUAAGCUGCAAAGCUCGGAGCCAUUUAAAAAUUAGAGAGAGCUAACUAAGCUAGCUGCCUCGUUUGGGGAAAAUGCGCGGAAGUUCUUCUUAUGGGGACAGAGACAGGGACCGUGGCCGUGAUAGGGGGACACGGUUUGGGUCGAGUCGGAGUGCCUACUCUCCUCCACGGAAGUUUGGUAACCCUGGGGAACGUCUCCGCAAGAAAAAGUGGGACCUGGACGAGCUGCCCAAGUUUGAGAAGAACUUCUACCAGGAGCAUGCUGAGGUGCAGCGCAUGACACAGUAUGAUAUAGAAGAAUUUCGCCGGAAGAAGGAGAUCACCAUCCGGGGGACGGGCUGCCCCAAGCCGGUCACUGCCUUCCACCAGGCAAGCUUCCCACAGUAUGUGAUGGAUGUGCUGAUACAGCAGAACUUCAAGGAACCCACAGCCAUCCAGGCUCAGGGCUUCCCCCUGGCCCUUAGCGGCAGGGACAUGGUGGGCAUCGCUCAGACCGGCUCUGGCAAGACGCUGGCGUACCUUCUGCCUGCAAUUGUACACAUCAACCACCAGCCCUACCUGGAGCGUGGAGAUGGGCCCAUUUGCCUGGUUCUGGCUCCGACCCGAGAGUUGGCCCAGCAGGUGCAGCAGGUGGCCUUUGAUUAUGGAAAGUCGUCCCGCAUCAAGAGUACCUGCGUCUACGGAGGCGCUCCCAAAGGGCCGCAGAUACGAGACCUGGAACGAGGAGUGGAAAUCUGCAUCGCUACCCCGGGGCGUCUCAUUGAUUUCCUGGAAGCGGGAAAGACCAAUUUGCGACGGUGCACCUACCUGGUGCUGGAUGAGGCCGACCGCAUGCUGGACAUGGGCUUCGAGCCGCAGAUCCGCAAGAUUGUCGACCAGAUCCGGCCGGAUCGGCAGACCCUGAUGUGGAGCGCCACCUGGCCAAAGGAGGUGCGUCAGCUCGCGGAGGACUUCCUGCGGGACUACGUGCAGAUCAACGUGGGCGCCUUGGAGCUCAGCGCCAACCACAACAUCCUCCAGAUCGUGGAUGUGUGCAUGGAGAGUGAGAAGGACCACAAGCUAAUCCAGCUGAUGGAGGAGAUCAUGGCCGAGAAGGAGAACAAGACCAUCAUCUUCGUGGAGACUAAGAAGCGUUGCGAUGAGCUCACGCGCCGAAUGAGGCGAGACGGGUGGCCUGCCAUGUGUAUCCAUGGCGAUAAGAGCCAGCCUGAGAGAGACUGGGUGCUAUCAGAGUUCCGUAGUGGCAAAGCCCCGAUUCUCAUUGCCACCGACGUGGCCUCCCGUGGUCUGGACGUGGAGGAUGUUAAGUUUGUCAUCAACUAUGACUACCCCAACUCCUCCGAGGACUAUGUCCACAGAAUCGGUCGCACGGCACGCAGCACCAACAAGGGCACGGCCUACACCUUUUUCACCCCGGGCAACCUGCGCCAAGCCCGGGACCUGGUACGGGUCCUAGAGGAGGCCCGACAGGCCAUCAACCCCAAGCUGCUGCAGCUGGUGGACUCGGGCCGCGGAGGAGGAGGAGGAGGAGGCCGGUCCCGAUAUCGCACCUCAGCCUCCAACGCCAACAACCCCAACCUCAUGUACCAGGAGGAAUGCGAGCGGCGCAUGCGCUCCGUCGGCGGGAGCAAAGACGGGCGCGGGGGCGGUGAUGGCCGGGACGGCAGAGGGGGCGGGAGCGGCCGGGACGGGGACAGGUCCUCCUCAUCCUCGUCGUACAGGGACCGCAGCAGAGACUGCAGAAGCGGCUCCAGCUAUGGCACGGGGACGAACUCCGCCUCGGCGUUCAGUGGCUUGGGGGAAGAUCAGUACCAGAACUACAGCGGGACUAGUCAGUACAACGGCAGGGCCUCCUCCCAGGCAGGAGCUGGGGCCGCUGGCGGGGGGGGCAGUGGAGUCCCGGAGCAGUCAGGCCAGCAGCAGCAGGGGCAGUUUGCGAAUUUGGCCGGCAGAGCUGGCCCGCCCCCCCCGCCUCCGGCCGGACCUCAGCCCCUGAUGGCCCAGCAGUUUGCGCCUCCCCAACCUCCCAUGAUGCCCUUCAUGCCUCAGGCCCCCUACCCAUUUGCCCCUCCUCCACCUCCCCCUCCCCCCCCACCUAGGAAGUAACGGCCCUCAUCUUAAGCCAAAACGUAAAGCGUCACAUCGUUGUUAUUAUGGUAAUAAGUAAUCCUUUUUGUAAUUUUUUUAGGGUUUAAAUUUGAUUGAGUUCUUGAAAAGCAUAGUUUGGUUAGCUAUAAACUAUUUUGAUAAAUAUAAAAACCAUUUCAAACAUUGAAUUCUGGCAGUUAAUGUGCUUGUGUUGUAUUUACGGAUAGGUUCUGUGGAUUUGGCGUGUUUGCAUGUUCCUGUAGAAUAAUUUGGUUGCCAGAGAUCCGAGAGACGGACCUGUAUUAUUUUCCCAAAUGUGCAUAUUUCUAAAAUUUGUAAUUUGUCUUUUCAUGUUAGAGGUAGGUACCACAAUGAAUCAUUUAGCACCACAUAGCCUGUUCCAGUAGGGAGCCUCUGGAAUCGGACUCCUUACCAACUGGACAGGUUUGUGAUACGCCAAACUUUUUUCUUUUGUGGUAAGGGUUUGAAAAGAGAAAAUCAGAAUAAAGAAGCUUUAUGCAGCUGCAAAUGUUUUCCCACUAAAAAAAAAUCAACCCCCCCCCCCAGUCCGUUUUGGUAGUACUGCAUGUGAGCUGCUUUACUUCUUGAUGUUUCAUGCAUCCACAGAUCAUCUUGCUCCUAUGUGUAGUUUUUCAUGCCAUUUUUCCGUUUCCAAUGUGUAGUUUUGAUGGUAACAUCAGGAAUCUGCAAUGCAUUUGGUUGCUUGCAAACUCUUCCCCUGGCUGCCCCAUAGGCAUUGAUUCUCCUGUAAUGAUGUACUUUUCUAUAUUUUUUCAGGUUUUAAUAAAGAUUUAAAAACAUUC